CGGCCUUGGAGCUAUCGAGGACCCUCGAAAAAGCCGCAAUGGCGCAAAAAGAAGUAAAGGCGCCGGCGAAGAAGGCAAAGACUGAGGAGAAAGUGAAGAAGCAGGGCAAGAAGGCAGCCACAAAGCCAAAGACACCGGGACUGAGCGAAGAGCGUGUUGUGGAUUCGGAUUCAGAACAAGACGAGGCAUCAACCACUGCAAAGUCGGAUACCAAGACCGCCAAAGUGAAAGCGACGAAACAAAAGAAGGCUCCAUCGCCGCCGACAAAACCCGAGCCUACCCCUAGCAGCGACGACGACGAGAGCAGCGAUGGCUCCGAAUCAGCAGAGAGCGAGCUAGACGAGCAGAUGGUAGAUGCUCCAUCACUCAAAAAGCCGGAUACAGUGCCCACACGUGUAAAUGGUGUGAAAAGGAAAGCCGAGAGCGUUAGCUCACUAGACAAUGGGGAAUCGAGCGAAGACGAGUCGAGCAGCGACGAGGAUAAGCCAGACACCAAACGCGUGAAAACAGCAUUGAAGGAUGCCGGAGAAGUGGAACAGGUGGGAGAAGUGGCAUCAGAAGAGCAAGGUGAGGACAGUGAGAGCGCGGACGAGGAUGAUUCAGCGGAGCCUUCCGCAGAGACCGCACCAACACCGAGGCCUACGAAACAUGCCGGCCACUUCGAAAGCAUACCCGUUCAGUCUUUCAAGCCUCCAAGUGGGCAUACACCUGUCUCUGUCUCCGAUGCGACCUUUUCUGCAAAGAGCUUCGCGGGCCAGCAGAUAUGGCACAUUGUGGCUCCAAGUAAUGUGUCCCUGAAGUUGCUCGGUGACAUCACGCUAGAUUCGAUACAAUCUGGAGCUUCGGUCCUGUCACACAAAGGCACCGACUAUAGUCUCAGCGAAGACAAAAGCCCGAACAAUCGCUUCAACAGUGUGCUCGUGCCGAGCAGUAGCAGCUACGACUCCGUACCGCAGCCGAUCACGAAGACUCUACAUCUUAAACAGAGAAUCAAUCUGCCAGCCCUGAGCAGCAAGCAAGCCGACACGAACACGGGCAGCAGUGCAGCAGCCAGUAUCGCUCGUCCAUCAGUGAACAGCAUACGGCCACAGCCGAAAGGGAUGCGCAUGCGGUAUAAGCCAGCGGGCUUCGGUGCAGGUGACGCUGGUCUGGGCUCAGACAGCGAAGAGGAAGAAGACACUGGAGCGAAGGCAAAGAGUACAAGCUUCCAGUUCCCGAAGACGCUGGGAGUUCACGGAGCUGCGGUCGAAGCGGAGAACGCGCAAACGACGACACCGAAGAAGGCGAAGAAGAAGCGAAAGGACUCAGACGUCGACAUGGUCAAUGGCACAACACCUGUAGCUUUGCAAAUGCCAAACGGAACGUCAGACGAGCUGAGCAAGGAGGAAAAGAGGCGGCGGAAGGCUGAGAAGAAAGCCAAGAAAGAGGCCAAAGCUGGCGUGGCAGGGACAGCAUAAUUAGCCGGGAAUGAAAUGCAAAGAAGUCUACGCUGACAACAUUCUCGUCCUGCCCAAGAAA